CAACCACAAAUUAUUUUGCUGAAAGAAGGUACUGAUGCGUCCCAAGGUCGCGGUCAACUUUUAUCUAAUAUAAAUGCUUGCCUUGCUGUGGUUGAUACUGUGAGGACGACCUUAGGACCAAGAGGCAUGGAUAAAUUGAUAGUUGAUGAAAAGGGUGAAAUUACAAUCUCAAAUGAUGGUGCCACAAUCAUGAAACUCCUUGAUAUUGUGCAUCCCGCUGCUAAAACUCUCGUUGAUAUCGCAAGAUCUCAGGAUGCUGAAGUCGGUGAUGGAACAACAAGUGUAGUUUUACUCGCUGGUGAAUUAUUAAAGGAGGUCAAAGGCUAUGUCGAAGAAGGUGUCAGUCCUUAUGUGAUAAUCAAAGGCUACAGAAAAGCUGCUCAGCUGGCAAUUAACAAAGUUAAAGAAAUUGCAUUUAAGGUUGAACGAGAUAAUGUGACUGAAUUCCGUGAUUUGCUUCUAAAAUGUUCCAAAACAGCAAUGUCUUCCAAGCUGAUUCAUUCGCAUCAAGACUUCUUCGCAGAAAUGGUUGUUAAUACUGUGUUGACGUUAGAUCAAGAAGAAUUAAAUGAAAAACUGAUUGGCAUUAAAAGAAUUCCUGGUGGUGCUAUGCAAGACUCACUACUUAUUAAUGGUGUUGCUUUCAAAAAAACCUUUUCUUAUGCUGGGUUUGAACAGCAACCUAAAUACUUUAAGAACCCCAAAAUUUUAUCAUUGAAUGUUGAAUUGGAAUUGAAAGCUGAGAAGGAUAAUGCAGAAGUUCGCAUAGAAGACGUUAAUGAAUAUCAAGCAAUUGUUGAUGCCGAAUGGUCUAUUAUAUAUUCAAAGCUCGAAGCCAUCGUUAAAACUGGUGCUAAAGUAGUAUUAUCCAAAUUACCUAUAGGCGAUUUGGCUACACAAUAUUUCGCUGACAGAGAUAUAUUUUGUGCUGGCCGUGUGCCUGCUGAAGAUCUUAAUCGUGUAGUAAACGCUGUUGGUGGAUCUAUACAGUCAACUUGCUCGGAUAUCGAGGAAAAACAUUUGGGCUCAUGUGAAUCUUUUGAAGAAAAACAAAUUGGCGGUGAAAGAUUUAAUCUGUUUAAUGGUUGUCCAGCAGCAAAAACUUGCACUUUAAUUUUGAGGGGAGGUGCUGAACAAUUUAUUGCUGAAGUUGAACGAAGUUUACAUGAUGCAAUUAUGAUAGUCAAGAGAACUAUUAAAAAUAACUUGAUAGUUGCUGGUGGUGGUGCUACAGAGAUGGAAUUGUCUAAAUAUCUUCGCGAGCAUUCUCGGACAAUCGAGGGAAAACAACAAUUGAUUAUUAGCGCAUUUGCUCGCGCACUAGAGAUAAUUCCUCGCCAAUUAUGUGAUAAUGCAGGUUUUGACGCGACAGAUAUUUUGAAUAAUUUACGGAUGAAACAUGCUAAUGGCGCCAUUUGGUAUGGUGUAGAUAUUAAUUCGGAAUCAGUAGCUGACAAUUUUGAGGCAUUUGUUUGGGAACCUUCACUUGUGAAGACAAAUUCUAUUUUGGCUGCAACUGAAGCAGCAUGUUUAAUAUUAAGUGUUGAUGAAACUGUCAAAAAUCCAGCUUCUGAAAAACCGCAAGCAGGACCACCAAUGCCGAGAGGUGGUAUGCAAAGGGCGUUACGAGGUGGACGUGGUCGAGGAAUUCCUCGACGAUAG